CUAUCCGUCAUUGUAUAUGAAUCAUCGGUUUUUCUGGUCUGCAGACCUCGUCCUCACACUGAGCCGGGAGCGUUGAGAAAUAUCUACCAGUAUUAAAGAUGCCUUUUGUCGAGCUCCAGACUAACCUGCCGGUCAGCUCCUUCCCCGAGGACUUCACGAUGAAGUUGUGCAGCAGCACCGCAGCAGCUCUGGGAAAACCUCUGGACAGGAUGAAUGUGGUGGUGAAUCCUGGGCUACCAAUGCUGAUGGCAGGCUCUUGCUCUCCAUGCCUGAUCCUGUCAGUGUCUGCCAUCGGUGUGACUGACUCCGCUGAGAAGAACAAGGAGCACAGUGCCAAGAUCUUUGAGUUCCUGACCAAAGAACUUGGUCUGACUGAAGACAGGAUUGUUAUUCAGUUCCACGCACUGCAGCCUCACCAGGUCGGGAAGAAGGGAACUGUGAUGAGCUUCUUGUGAAGGAUGUUGUUGUUUCUGACACAGGUCACAAUCUCAGUCCUAACAGAAGACGAAGUAGACAAAGAAAAAUUUGUUUUUAUCUCACACUUGAGUAAAGAUUGUCACUUUAAAGGCACUUACUGUAUUUUCUUUUCAUAUCCAUUGUGUGCCCUGAUCAUCUGUUCAGAGGUUUGAAACUGAAAAUAUAUUUUCAUUAAAAACAUGGAGUUUAACUGGACUCUGGACUCA